ACAGAGGAGGACCACGUUGUCUGUCGCAAAGUUCAGUCGGUUGUUUCUCCCUGGGAGAAUGAGCUGGUUUUUCACGUCGUCUAAAGGCUCCGGACCUCUCCCUCCUCUCAACAGCCUACAACAACAGAGACAGCGGCAGAUCGAGUCGCUGAAAGCCACUCACCCCAGCCUUGCAGAAAUCCAGAAAGAUGUCGAGUACAGAAUACCAUUCACAGUCAACAACUCCACCAUUACUGUUAACAUUUUGCUGCCUCCUCAGUUCCCUCAGGAGAAGCCGGUGGUUAGCGUCUUCCCCCCUGUUGGUCAUCAUUUAAUAGAUAGCAAUAAUGGCACUAUGAUCACCAGCCCCCUCAUCACUAAUUUCGGUAUGCACUCAGAUCUGGGUAAAGUCAUCCAGAGUCUACUCGACGAGUUCUGGAAAAGUCCACCCGUCUUAAAUUCUGCAGGUCCUGCAGGCUUCCAAUAUAUGUACAAGCCCUCGGGCAUCGCUCCUUACCCUGCCCAGGCUUUCCAUUAUGGCCCCCGACAGGUGGGACCCAACCAGACACCGCCGUCUGGUUCUGGUGCGGCUCCAUCUCAGGCCCAAAUGCCUCAUGCGACGGUUGACAUCGCUCACGGCCUUCCUCGAGCUCCAGCCCCGUACGGACUGAUAACCGAGCUGCCGCUCCCCGUACCCACUGGAGACUCGCAGGCGGGACUGAAUGGACACAUUUACAAGAUGCCUGAGAUUCCUGAGUCUUUUCCUGAACUCUGCGACAAAACUCUGACUCAGUUGUCAGACAUGUCUGAAAACGAGGACGUCCUGCUGGAGUUCUUUGUGAGUUUGCCGCAACUCAAACAAGUCGCGGGUGAUAAAGAGGAUCUGGUCAACAGCAUAGUGGAGAUGGCCAAAAAGAAUCUCCACAUGGAGCCACAGCUGGAGGGAAAAAGGCAAGAGAUGCUGUACAAGUAUGAACAGCUGACUCAGAUGAAGUUAGCCUUUGAGACAAAGAUGCAGAGACAGCAUGAACUCAGUGAGAGUUGCAGUUUGAGCACUCUGCAGGCUCGGCUAAAAGUCUCAGCGCACCAGGCAGAGGAGGAGUCCGAGGAGACGGCUGAAAACUUUCUGGAGGGACGCAUUGAUAUCGAUGAAUUCUUAACCAGUUUCAUGGAGAAGAGAACGCUUUGCCACAGCAGAAGGGCCAAGGAGGAAAAGUUGCAACAGUCUAUAAACACACAUGGUCAUUUUCCUCCCAGUCACUAAAACACAAGGACUGCUGUUUUUGUUUGUUUGUUUGUUUUUUUUAUUAUUAUUUCUCAGCCGACUGCUGCCAACAGAAAACGAACGCAUCAAAAACUUUACAGGGGCUGAACGCACACCGAGUCAAUGACGGACAACCAGCAAGACAUUGGUGACGAUGAAACUUUGGAGGAUGAGCGUCACUAACGUGGAAAAUGGGCUGAUGCCACGGAAACUCCCGAACACGUUGUGGAUAGUUUUGUUUGAGCUUUCCAGUUGUUUGACAGUGAUGAGAUAUAGUUUCGUUCUGGGAUUUGUUUCGCUUUUAUCUUUUCAGCAGGGGACACCCGCAUAGUAUCAGAUUGUUUGGUGUGAACACUUUUGGAAGAAAGUACAAAGGCUUGGCACAUUUAUCAACAAAAGUAACAUUUUUAAGGUAACAUCACUAGGAAAAUAUUGAGCAAAUCAAACAUCAGUAUUUAUACACUGGUUAUAUGGUUAUGGUCCCCAGUGGUUUCACUUCCUGUUUCACAGAAAUACUGUGCUAACCGCUGCACAGUAAUUAUCCAAAAACGUUUACAACUCCUGGUUACUAAGUUAACUAGGCUAAAUUCAGUUUUUUUUUAAAGGCAGGGUUGACAUUUGACUCCUGCUUUUUAUAUGAAAACUGUAAAACUAGAAUUUCAUUGUGAAAGGAUUUGAUUUUAUUCUGAAACUGAAUCCUAAGAUCGUCAGUGUGUUUGCAUUGACGUUGAUUAUUCAGUAUUGAGUCAGAGUAACCCAGAAAUCAUCCAGUUAAAGAGCAGAUAAAAUACUCUACACCGUAUUAAAUACCUGUAAAGAUUUCUCAUUUUUGAGCAUUUGUAUACUUUACUUCAGAGUACCUGUUGUCAUGUGAAUAAUUUAGCCACAAUAUUACUUCAGCACUACCUUUGCUGAAUCAUCUCUUUCACUGCAAACACACUGAUGUUCUUUUUCUCUCUCUCUCUUACUUGCACAGUAAUGACACCUAAGCUGUUUCCUGACAUCUUUUGAACUUGAAUUCUAUAUGGAAAAAAUUGAAAAGAAAUGGGACAAUGUUGGGGGAAUAUUAGGGAAAAAAUAUGUUGUGGAAAAAAAGCUUAAUGGCAUCGAAUACUGUAUUUAAAUGUUAAUAAUAGGCUAUAUUAUAAUCAGAGACUCGGACACCUUGUAUCAUAUGUUCUUAUUUAAUAUGUUAGGGUAAUAAAGCCUUUAGAAUAAGUCUGAA